AUGCAGGAGAGGGCUGGGCCCCCGCAGCCCCUCCUGGGAUUGGCCACCUGCGCAGGAGCUGGGGUUGGGGGGUGCUGGACCCCUGCAGACCCAUCAGAAGCCGACACAUCAGGAACCCUGGAGGAGCAGGGGCAGAAUGAGGUGGGGGUGCCGAGGCUUCUGCUCCCUCCAAGGAGGCAGCGUUGCCAUGGUGACCACCGUUACCUGGCAACUCAUCUCCGUGGUCCUGGGCACCUGCUGUCUCUCCUCUGGCUCGGAGGAUGGACGUGUGUCCAGAAGGCCCCCUCGUCUCGGAAAACCCACCUGUGGAGACAAGACAGGCAUAUCAUCCACCACCCUGGAAAGUCCAGGAAGCCACAUCCCUGUCUUGCGGGCACCCUCGUCGCAGCACUAUCACCUGGCAUUGAGGUGGUCCUUAUCUGCCGCCGUCUCUCCCAUCCCACUGUGAGCUCCCAAAGCCCCAACGGCUCCAGGCCGGACAAGGGUGGUCGAGGGGAUGGUCGGGGCCAAAUGAGCUCCACGAAGGAGGGUAGGAGUCAGCACCACUCUUUGCCCUGGAUUUCACAGCCCAGCCAAGCCUCCCUCACCGGGGGCACAGGCAGUGAGAAGGGGACCCGUGGGAGCACCCUCAGAGCAGACAGGCCAUCCCUGCUUUAAGCCAAACGGUGCCAAGGGCCCUGGCCUGGGGAGGGGACUGAGGGAGGGCCCAGGCCUGGCCUUUGUGCUCAGCCAGGAGCACACAAAGACUCAGAGGGGAGGAGAGAAGACAAACACACUGCAGACUGGGCUUGGCUGGCUAGAUCCGCGUGGAUGCCUAUCACAUCCCCUGUGCCCAAGGGCAUGUGCGCACUCACAUACUCACCCGACUGCCAUCCAGCCACAGAGCGCACUGGUCGGUUCAAACCACAGCCGUGCCCCCAGCCAGCCCGCUCUCAGAGGAGACCUCACCACCACCUUCUGAGGUAGAUGUGAGAUCACAGAAGCUACGUAGUGGCCUCUACUCGUGGUUCCUGACACAGAGCUCCCGAAGCCCUUGUAAAUUCUUUAGAGGUAAAAGCACUAGGAGCAUCUCUUGCUCUGGGUGGACUCCUGGGUGGGGCGGGUCACCAGAAAGAACAAGCCAGGAUUAGAAGCCUGGAAUUUUUCAGCCCCAUCCCCCCACCCUCCAGAGAGGGGCCUGGGAGCUGGGAACAGAGUUAAGGAUUGAUCGCACCUACGUGAGGAAGCCUCCAUAAAACCCCAAUAGUAGGGGGUUCAGAGAGCUUCUGGGUUGGUGAACACAUCCACGUACCAGGAGGGCGAUGCACCCCAACUCUACAGGGAUAGAAGCUCCUGCACCGGGGACCAUCCCCGACCUCACCCUAUGUAGUUCUUCAAGACCUGGCUGUUCAUCUGUAUCCUUAUCAUAGGCUUUAAUAAACUG